AUGACGGCGGCAGGACAGGCCAUGGUGGUCCUGGUACCCAUCCGACAGAAGUCCGCCAUGACCUUCGUCAACGACAAGGAUGCCGAGCUCAUGGGCCUCGUCGAUGAAGAGAAGGAGCGCCUGGCGCAAGUGGACAAGGACAAACAGAAAGAGAUGCAGCUCAAGGCCUCUGACUUGGCAGACCUCCGUGCAGCACGCAAGGAGCUGAAGAGGUCCCGCCAGGAAGAGGACAGAGCACGGAAGGAGGCGCUUUAUGAGAGCAUGGCUAAGCCUGGAAAAGAAGAAGAGUUCUAA